GCUCCACGGACAUCCCGUCGUACCCCACAAUACUUUAUCUCCCGGCUGUAGCACUGCAGCACCGCUACGCCGUAAGCGUAGCUUGGCUGGAAUCCAUCCGUCAAGCGGGAGCCCGAGCACCUGGAGAUGUAACCUUUGAACAGAAUACCAAGAGAUAUGAACACCUCCGGACUGGAAAAGCGCCGUGACAUGAUCCUAUCGAGUCAAAAACCGCAGCAAAACAUCUCCGAUCCGAGCGCGUAUCGCGAACGCAGCGCUGCAGGGCAUCUUGAAGAUCGCACGCGAGCAAGUGCGAUUCACAUGCCGUCAUUCGCGACUAUGCUGCAGCCGUGAGAACCAACCAGACUCGAAAUCUGCCGCAUCGAUCGCGUUUCCAAAUGCGAUGCAUGCCGAAUGCGCGGUGGAAAUUC